AUGCCGCCGCCACGGUUGGCGCCAAACCCCGCCGCCGUCCUCCACGCCGCGCUCCUCAGGGCCUCCUCCUCCUCUUGCGGCCUGCCUCCGCGCCUCUCCUUCAACUCCCUCCUUGCUGCCGCCGCGGCCUCCCCGCACCCACGCCUCCGCGCCCUGGCCCUCCCGGCCCUCGCGCUCGCGCACGCCGCCGGCCGCGUUCCGCUCGACUCCUACGCCCUCUGCUCCGCCCUCCGCUCCACCCCCUCCUCCACCGCCGCGGAGCCGCUCCACGCGCUCGCCGCCAAGUCUGGCUGGCUUGGCAGCGUCUUCGUGUCCUGUGCGCUCGCCGCGUCCUACGGCGGGUCUGGCCAGUUCUUGGACGCCCGCAGGCUGUUCGACGAAAGUCCCGCCAAGAAUGGCGUUUUUGGAAACACCGUUCUUGCCGCGUACGUGGGCGCGGGGGACUGGACGCCGGCGCUGGAAUUCGCGAGGAGGUUUUGGGAGCUUGGGCUGCGGGUUGAUGGCUACACGAUGACAGCCGUGGUGAGGGCGUGCGGGGAGGUGGCCGAUGCCAAUCUGAGCGUACAGGCGCACGGGCAUGCGAUCAGGAGGGUGGGAGGUGUGGAGUCGGACAUGUUCUUGACCAGCGCUCUUGUGGACAUGUAUGCCAAGUGCGGACUUGUCAGCCACGCGGAGCGGGUGUUCGGCCUGGCACAGGAGAAUGCUGGUGGAGGCGACGUUGUGUUGUGGACGGCGAUGUUGAACGCGUAUGGACGGCAUGGACAGUGCAAGGAAGUUAUCCGGAUGUAUGACCUGAUGGUGGCUUCUGGUGUCCAUCCUGAUGAACUGACUAUGCUGGCUGUGCUCUCAGCGUGCCAGCAUGCUGGGGAGGUGGUCAAGGGGCUCAAGUACUUUGAAUCCAUGCGCGCAGAUUACGGGUUGGUGCCAACAUCGGAGCACUAUGGUUGUGUGGUCAACGUGCUGAGUCGGGCAGGAGAGGUGGCCAAGGCGUGGGAGAUCACCGGGGGCAGCUGUGGAGGUGAAAUCGGUGUAUCUACAUGGGGCGCGCUGCUUUCUGCUUGCCGGGAUUGCGGAAAUGUUGAGGUUGGGAGAAUGGCAGCUCAGAAGGCAAUCGAAUUGGAGCCUGACAGCGUGGGGAUUUACAUUGAGCUGUCGAAUUUAUACGCAAGGGCUGGCUUGUGGGAGGAGAUUGACAAACUGCGGCAGGUGAUGAAGGAGAAAGGGUUGGAAAAGGAUGUUGGUUUUACUUGGGUCGAUAAUGGUUCCUGA